AACCAGGUUUGCAGACAGACAGAAGCUUGAAAUGGGUGAGUUGCCGCUGAGGGGUCAUGGUUGCAAAGAUUGAGCGCAACACUUUUCGGACUUGAAUCAGGUGCUGUCAGAGCAGAUUUCUCCUGCAGAGACACUUUGUUUUGCAAGAGUCUGGUCUCUCUUUUUUUUUUUUUUUUGUGUCCGACUGACGUUGAUAAAUUCAAAGCUAGGAAGCUAACGCUAGCGGGAGCAGCCAGGAGGCCCAGCAGAGCUCUGAGUUCACUUCAUUCUGCACAGUAAAGGUUUGCAUAACCUGUGGACAUUAAGUGUGUUAAAGCUACCUUCCUGCAUUAAAAAAGAAUGACUUCCAGGAGGACAGGCUAUGCUGGCAGCAUGGAUUCACCUCAGGCAAACAGCGGCAGCAGCUCGGUCCACAGUGGAAACCGCAAACAGAGCAUAAUCAACAUCCCGGACAGGACCGGGGCAGAGUCCUGUUACGAUCGCAAAGCGGAGAAGGUCGGAUACGGAGCCCUGCAGGGCAGCGUGACCGUCACGUCGCUGAAGUCCCGACUCGCUCCGACCAUCCAAACUGCGAUGUCAGCCGCGGUGGACACGCUCCUGGGCGAAGUGGUGCUCGUCCUCAACGAGACCCAGCAAGAGCUGCUGCACAAAGAGCAGGAGAACGAAAGGCUGAAGGUGCGCCUGGAGGUGUCCGAGCGGGAGCUGAAGACCCUGCAGGAGUGUCUGUGCAGCGCGCAGAAGCUCAUAGACCAGCUUCAGAUCUCGUACACGGGCAAUCAGACCAUCAGCCAGUCGGUCUUCGCCCCGUCGCUGUCUUCCAUGGCGUCGAUGGCGUCGGGCUUGGACCGGGACCACCAGAGCUCGCGCGGUGUGAACGGCGCGGGGGUCGACCUGGGUCUCGGCGGCCCUGUGGACGAGUCGCUUCACGGGUUCGAGCCGAGAGACGACUACAAAAUGUGCCAGCUUUCGAUCCAACCGGAUGGCUCGGUGACUAACCACGCUCUGGACUUCGACGCCAACACUUCCCACAUGUGCUCGGAUUCCAGCAGAGCCGACGAGAGGCAGUCUCAGGGACCGGGCGGAGCGUCCAGGUUCGAGAUCAAAGAGGAGCAGGGACCUGCUGCCGGCUCCGCUCAGUCGAACAGGAAGGACUCCGGCUUACGCGGCGACAACAGGGUCGGGGAUGACGAGCGGUCGUCCCACAGCAUGGGCGACCUCGGCUACGUUCAGGUCGGAGGCGAGGGAGGUUCCCAGCGUUCCUUCACCCAGCCUCUGCGCCACCAAAGAACGGCGCGGGACUGCGGCAGUGAUUUGCACGGUGGACUCGAUGGACAGAAACAGUUGGCUAGGACUCCUGGAGCCGGAAGAGGGGACGGCGUUUCGCCCGGCAGAGCGGAGGACUCGGCGGGACCUUCCGCCCCCGACGCAGUAGGGGAGCCGUCUCCCGACCGGCCCCACCACUGCCUGGAGUGUGGAAAGACUUUCCGUCUGAUCUCCAGCCUGAAGAAGCACAUCCGCAUCCACACGGGGGAGAAGCCUUACCCGUGCGGCGUCUGCGGCCGCCGCUUCCGCGAGUCAGGGGCGCUCAAAACCCACCUGCGCAUACACACGGGGGAGAAACCGUACUCCUGCUCCGAGUGCGGAAACUGCUUCCGCCACUUGGACGGCCUGCGCAAACACAGGCGCACCCACACGGGAGAGAAACCCUACGUGUGCGCCAUCUGCGGGAAGCGCCUGAGUCGCCUGCAGCACCUCAAGCACCACCAGCUCAUCCACACCGGGGAGAGGCCGUGCUGCUGCCCCUUCUGCAACCGCAGCUUUAAGGAGCCGGCGGCGCUGCGGAAGCACAUCCGCACGCACCGCGAGGGAGGCCACAUGGGGAUCGGGGCGAGCGACGACACGGACCCAGACGCCAUGGACGACAUAAACAACCUCCACCCGGCGGCCCCGUCCCCUCAGAUGAGGUUUGGGGAGUGGGGAGCUGAGGAGGACGACAGCUCUGUUGUGGACUGUGUGUAGAGAAUGAUUUAAACUCUCUGAGGGUUUUUUCCCGCCGUGGUGGGGAAAAACCUGAAAUAAGCUUUUGGUGUUAUUUGUAGACCGGACACAUAACAUCUGUUUCAUGCUGUUAGAGUGAAGAACCAGGCUGCAUAUAACCCUAGCCUUCCGUUUCAUUCAUACCUGACAUGUCUCACAGUCUAAGAUGUAAAAAUAACUUUUGAAUAUCCACUGUACAUUCUCCAACAGUUAGUGUUCUUGUGCAGACAUUCCUCAAGCAGCAGCAGCAGCAGCAGCUCACAGGCUGUUCUUGGCACUGACGGGGAGUUGCUGGCUUGUUGUCUUUUUGCCACUCUUUGGUUAAAUAAAUGGCAGAGCAGUUUCCCCUCUUUUACAACGGAAGUGCCGCCGACACUUGACUAAAUCAUCAACAGAGUCCCUGCUGCUGCUGCUGCUGCUGCUGCUGAUGUUCAAUCUGGUUCUGACCUGGAGAGUUCUCACCCCCUUUUUUAGUUUUAUCAUAUUUAACACAGAAAUCGGAGGCUGAAUUUGCCGUUUUAUUAUUUUUGGCUUUUGUGAGAAGACUGAACUGCUGAUCCUCAGGGCUGCUUCAUGCUUCAUGUCGGCUGUAUCUUUGUACUCAUCCACACCACGCUGCUUACCUUUUUCAAUCUGCUAGUCCUGUAUGGUGGUUCUAUUCAAGUUUUUGAAAGUGGACAAUUAAGCAGAUUAGUUACAGAUUACAGAUUAGUUAUUAGCUCUUUAGUUACAAUCAUCUUUUUUCUUAAUCUAAUAAAUUAUUUGUCCUACUUUUCUGGGUUAAAUAUUAUUGCAAAGCCAUAGAAGUCAAUUCCCAGCAAUAAUUGUCAAAACUACCCUGAGAAGCAAAUUGAAAACUACUAGCUGUCGAAAAAAUAAAGACUAUUUACAGCUGAGAAACUAAAUUUAAGAGGUCAGCACAGCCUUGAACUCCCUCCUAAUCAAGUGUAAGCUAAAUGCUGAAUUGAUAUAUUGAAUGCAUUUAUACCGUGCUCGGUGUGUGUGAGUCCCCAUGAAGCAUGAACCAACGUCCCGUUCUUAAUCUUGCCUCAGCUCUGAUUGAUCUGAGACCGACUGACGCUGUUACAUUUAAAGCAAGCAGGCUAAUGUUACCUCUCAUCACAAUCGUAAUAUUUUCAGUCAAGAUGAUGUAAUCUGUGUAAAAAAAAUAUCUAAGAUAGAAAUCUCUACACGGGUUAUGAUGAUACCACAAUUUAAAUCUUUGAUACAAUACUGAUAAAAAUCAAAUGAUACUGAAACUUGUUUUGAUACAUCACCACAACAACAAAAAAGUAUUAGUCCUAGGUAAACCAACAUUGGGUCAACUUUGUAUUUUAAUUGCCAAAAGUUGCAAGCAAUCUCCUUCACGUUGUCUAAACUGCAUAAAUUCAUGAGCUCUGUUUUCGGUAAAUAUGCAAAAAUGCAUCGGCGACGUUUACCAAAACGUUGCCAAAUGCAUUUGUACGAUUUAGACAGUGUGACAUUUUCUGCUGUGUGUGUGUUCGGCAUGAACAUAACUUAAGUGUCUUUAUGAGAUGCCAAAGCAACUUCAGAAACAUCAGUAUUCUCCAACCUGUACAUUUGGACGGCCCGCCACUGCUCUUUCUCUCGCUCGCAGCAACUUUGGGUUCAAAUACGGCCGAAGAUCUGAAGUUUAGUUUUAAAGCUUCUGUACUUCUGCGAUGUUCAAAAAGAUGUGGUAUUGAAAUAUUUGGCAACAUUAAUCUGUACAAACGUAUUUUUAAUUUCAACGUCACAUACACGAGGUCAUUUGAAUAGACGUGAUCCCACUUAGUGUCAGCGUCUGCACAGAUCUACAGCUUUACUGAUUCCAGUCUUUUUUAUCAUCUCUUCUCUUUUAUGGACCAUUUCUUAGCAUUCCCCUUUUUUUUUUUUUUUUAGUUCAAGCUGCUGCUGUACAUCCAGAGAGCCUCUUCUUUCUCUGGACUUGUUUUCUUGUUACCAGCCUGUUACUAGCGGACAUACUUGGGUGCUUGCAUGUGCAUAUCUGUCCUGUUAAAGCUGGCAGCGUUACCAUGCCAGAUGUUUCUGUAAAUAAGAAUAAAUCUGGAUUAAUGAGGGUUAACAGAUGUGAGAUAAGUGCAAAGACUUUUUUUUUUUUUUUUUCAAGAGCAACGCAACAGGAUUUGAAAACACCAGAAUGCUUAAAGUGCAUAAUAAAUGUAAAUAUAUAUACUCGUACUACACUUCUUCCUCGUGUUCUUCCUGAUGCUCUGAUGCGACUUGACCGGAAACAUCAGGGGCCUUUUAUCCUCUCAGCCUUACGAGCUAUACUGUCGGUCUCUGCUGUCUUUGAACAUGUGUACUAUACUAUAAUGUAACUAUUCUGUGUACAUAAAACAAGUGCGAGUCAUCUUAAGAGGCACUCCAAAUGUACAAAUCUGUUACCUUGUCCCUCAGAAUACACUUUGCCAAGGAAGUCUUUCCCCGGGACAAUCAUAUUUAUUGAUUUUUAUGUUACGCACAGGGCGGCCUUUGCAUGUAGGUUUGAACUGAAACAGCAUUGUCUCUUUUGAAGUCAGUGCUACAUGUUUUUCUUUUUUUUUUUGCUUCUGUGUUCAAUAUAUAUCCACCUCACAUCACAACCAUCCUGUUACCUGCUGUACAUGUUACUAUAUUAAAGGGCCUUGUUUCUACGUCG